UUACCCUUGUCGAAUCAUCUAAACCAGUAGAAUCUCAACUUUAAAUCCAUCGUCCAGCCUAGGUAUCCAUCUAACCUUGCAGAAAGUAAGAGGUAAGUCGAGAAGAUAGUAGCGAAGCACUCGGAGAGAAGAGAAUUUGCUACCACGACGAAGAUGACUGCAGACCAGACCAGACCAGAGCUAGAUAGAUGCGUUUGUCUUGGCUGUGUAGGUAAUUAGGCAACCAACCAACGUAGGAAGACAAGGAGGCCCCCAAAUGUUAAAAUACGAACCCAGCCUCAGCUGGGGAUGACGCAUCUUACGGCGUACAUGCAUUACAACUACUACGGCAUACAUACACAGCAGGUAACUAGCUACCUAUCAACCCGCUACCAUGGGACAAAAACACGGGCAGAAUGUAUCAUCUCGGUCAGUGGCAGCGAAAUCCAGGGCAGAGCAAGGCGUAGUCACCGCUACCGCCACCGCUCCCCUGCUACUGGAUGAAUACAUACGGCGAGUCGUCGGCUCCUCUUCCUCCUCAUCCUCCUCCACUUUCCCAACACAGCAUAGAUCAUCGCCUACCAUCCUCGAAGGCGGCCGCACAAACCAUGUCCUGCUCUACAACGGGUGCUUCAACCCGCCGCACCGCGGACACCUCGCGCAGCUGGUCUACGCGUUCCGGCACGCGGGCCCGGACCUGAACGUCGUAGGUGCCGUGGUCCUCGUGGCCGACGACUUGUAUCUUGAGUGGAAGCUUGCUAGGCAGCGCGGCGCGCUGAGGCUUAGGCAGAAGCAGCGGGUUCGGCUUUGGGAGGAGGAGCUUGCGCGGAUAGCGGAGGGAGAGCGGUGCUGGGUGCUCUCGGAGACGCUGUGGCCCGGGCACGCGGACAAGCUGGAGCGGCUUUUUGAGAGAGACGGGGUCGAUGUUGAGUUUGUGAGACUCGCUGGCGGUGAUAAGGUGCGUGUUGCGACGGUGGAGCAUGGGUUGUGGGGGUGUCGGACUGUGGUUACGACGGAUGUUAGUCGGCCGGUUGAUUUCUACUCUGGCAGUGUCGGCGAUGUUUCUUUGCCGAUGCCACUGAACCGUCAUGGCGGAUGGAAGAGGGUGGUGGGAGAGAGGCAAGGGGAGGAUGGAAGUGGAAGAGAUGAAGAAGGGAUCGGCAAUGAGACGCGCGUUACCGAGUCCACGAUUAUAUCAUCGUCUUUAACUUCGACAUCCGCCCCACAAACCAGAAGAAACGUAUGGACCUGCGACCAUGGCCCAAGCGGCAGCCAUUACAACGUCCGGUUCAUCGCCAGCAGCCACGACGAGCGCGUCGACCCAGACCUAAGCUCGACCAAGAUCCGCGCCAUCAUAGCCGCCGGCAAGAAGCUCGACGUCGGCCAGCUCGAGGAGAAACUACGAGGUAUAGCGCUUAGCCCGGGGCUGCUGGCACGGUAUAUUAAAGAGGCUAGGUAAGGAGGGCACGAGUCAUAGGUAAAGACAACGCUAAGGCUGGAGAACGGAUGAAGAAAUGCGGAUAGAGAUGAACUAGCACGUAACUAACUGGGACGGCUCAAGGAAUAUACUAUGGUCGGUUGGGUAAUAAUGGUUCUACAUGCAUCUGAGAUCAUAGCACAUAGUAUACGAUACCCCUACGGUAAGAAUAAGAAAUAAGAUGUACCUCCAUCGUUGAAGCUCCUAGGCUAGCACAUCAUGACCAUUGAAUUUACCUACAC